CAACAAUAAAUAUCAGAGAUUUUUAGUGCUGUUUUUUUUCUCCUGUCGAAAAAAAUUGUUGGUUAUUUUCGAAAAGAUUUUUUAUAACAAUUAAAAAAAGGGCCGUUUUGAAAUGUGACCAAGACAUCCAAUCAGCCAGUGCAGGACUAUUAGGAGACGUCUUCAGUACUAUUGGCUGCUAAGUUGAAUUUCUGAGGAAUUCAUCCAGGAUUUCAUGACUCAUCUCUUACAUACAAAGAAAUCGUCUGUGCUAAUGGUGAAUAUUAGUUGAAAGAGUAUUUGACUCCACACGGAAAAGUAAAAUCAAGGAAAAAUGAGCUAUGAAUGCUUCAAUUUUAUGCUCAUCAAUCAGGAAGGUGUCCAAGCUGCUGAGCAAUCGCUCAGCUGCUGCUUCUGAAGUGUGCAAGAUGUGUCUUGGCAGGAUUCAGGAGACCAAAGCCUUAAAUGCCUUCAUCACCAUUAGCACAGAGCUAGCUCGAGGGAGAGCAGCCAGAGCAGAUGAGAGGAUUUUGGAAGGAUUGUCAUUGGGUGUUUUGGAAGGUAUUCCUCUAGCAAUUAAGGACAACUGGAAUACACAAGACAUUCACACCACCUGUGCUUCCAAAAUGUUGAGCCCCUACGUUGCUCCUUAUGAUUCCACCAUUGUGUCCAAAUUAUAUGCUUUGGGAGCGGUGGUUGUUGGAAAAACAAAUCUUGAUGAAUUUGCAAUGGGAUCUGCAACUGUGGAUUCACAUUUUGGUCCCUGUCGCAACCCUUGGAGGUCUGGCCUGAAGUACAAGUUGAGGAAGAGAAGUGACCUCUCUUUAAUUCCUGAUGACAUUUGCACGAGUCAACGCAAAGAUGGUGAUUUCUAUGUUGCUGGAGGCAGCUCAGGAGGGAGUGCAGUGGCUGUUGCCACUGGUUCUUGUUUUGGAGCCAUCAGCUCAGAUACAGGUGGGUCUACCCGAAACCCAGCCGCCCUGUGUGGAGUGGUGGGCCUCAAGCCCACUUAUGGCCUGGUUUCCAGACAUGGGCUCAUCCCUCUUUGUAACUCCAUGGAUGUCCCUGGAAUCAUUGCCAGAACAGUUGAUGAUGCUGCCCUCCUCCUUGAUUGUGUUUCUGGGUGGGACCGUUUAGACUCAACGACUGUUUCCUCUCAACCUCCCAUUUCACCUCUAUCAGCAGAUUUUGAUGUGACAAACCUGAAUGUUGGAAUCCCAAAGGAGUAUGAGUGUUCUGGCCUGUCUCCUGCCAUAAAGGCUGCUUGGAGAGAGGUGGCUGACUUGUUGGCGUCUUCUGGUGCCAGGGUACGAGAGGUGUCCCUCCCCCACACCAAGUAUUCGAUCGUCUGCUACUCUGUCCUCUGCUGCUGUGAUGUUGCAUCCAACUUUGCUCGAUAUGAUGGCAUUGCUUAUGGUCAUCGAGCACAUUCGUCUGGUCCUGAACACCCAUAUGCAGUGACUAGAAAGGAGGGUUUCGGAGAAGUGGUCCGGGAGAGAAUCCUGGCUGGGAACUAUUUCCUGCUCAAAAGGAAUUACGAGAAGUACUUCCUUCGGGCAGCCAAGGUGCGCCGUCUCAUCUGUGAAGACUUUCGGUCAGCGUUUGAGGGAGGGAUUGAUGUACUGCUGACUCCUGUUACCUUGCGUGAACCGACUCCAUACCGGGAGUGGACCUUGGUAGAUAACCGUGAGCAUAAUGCUGUUGACGAUUUUUGCACACAGCCCGUCAACAUGGCCGGUCUUCCAGCCGUAAGUGUGCCAUGCCACCUGACUGAGGAAGGUCUUCCAGUCAGUCUACAACUGAUUGGACGCGCUUUCCACGAGAAGGAGAUGAUGUCAGUAGCCAAGUGGAUUGAGAGACACAUGGACUUCCCACUUCUUGACUUUGGUUGAGGCUUAAAUAUUUAAAAGCUGACUGCUAGGAAUAGCAUUUUUAAAAAAGCCGACAGAUAAUAUCUGCCAAAACAGGACGUCAAAUAAUGUGAAGGACGUAGAUUUUUGUUGAUAGCUGGUUCAAAGUUAUGGAUUGUGCAGACUUGGUUAGCAGGUUUUUGAAACCUGUCCAGAAUUCCUUGUAUAUCUUGCAAUA